CAUGUACAGAGAGUACUCCAUAAGAACACCAUAUCCACAGACUUCCACCUUUGCAACUCCGGCUAACGCUAGUGAGUCUCCCUUGCCCACCCUCUCUCCCUCCCGCCCGCCUGUCGCUUACCCUAUCCGCACAAGCAGCUAUCCCCGCCUCCUCUUCUCUUCUCUGCUUCGCGUCUUUCGAUCCGCCACAUGGUCCCACUCACUUUCUUCGCCUUCCUCAUCCCAUCUCGUACUUCUGCCAUUGCCGUGUAGGAGAGUAGUCUCCGCUACGCCCUCGUUGUGCUUAGGUCAGGGCGUGUCAUGUCACUUCACUAAAGGCAGCUCGCCCGCCGCCAAAGUGGGGCUCAUCCAGCCAGUCUAGCAGGGUUGAUAUCUUUGAAUUUCCGUCUCCAUUUCUGCAGUCUCGCCUUACUCCACUUAUCUCUGGAUGUAAUUUCGAUUUCUUUCCCUUCUUUUGCUUGCUGUUCUUGCCUGCUUUCCUUGUCCACUGCGCCGUCCUGGUCUCGUCUUUGUUCGAGAUCUGUCUGGGGUAGCUUUCCCUCGUGGUGAUGAGCACGAACCCAGGCAAGCAGCCUUCGACAUGGCGGACUCGUCCCGAGCAGAAUCUCGUCCGCGACUCUUCCUUCUCGUCCACAGGCAGCGGCCAAGCCGUGCAUUUUGACGAAGACGCCCAAGACAAUGUCAGCAGGACUGUUUCGCAUUCGAAUCUCGCCGUCCCCAACGACGGGAUCCAAGACGGUGAUCUUCGUCGUCGGAGGUCUUCCAUGGCUCUGCGCCUAGAGUCGUUCAUGCAUGCUGGCGGAGUCAACAGCAUCGACCGUUUCGCUUCGUCCUGGCAGCGUGCUGCUGGAUUUUUCGAGAUCACGCCCGUCCGGCCCUCCUUCCGCUUCGCAGACGACACCGACGGCGAGCCUUCAUACACCCGUCGAGAUAUAGAACACAGCCCCGACGAGGCACGUUCGCUGCUGCGAGAGGCUUUCCAUGAUGGCGGGCGACGGGGCUCCGACAACGCCCUUGACGAUAGUGGGGUCGGCACAUCUCCUGGUGGGAACGAAACAUCACUUGCCCGCCGGCUGAGCAUGCAGCGGCGGCGCUACUCGCGCGAAGAGAGUCUUUUCAGCGUGGAGCCCUCGCUUGACAGCCCAUUCGGCGGCUCGUACGGAACCCAAUACGGCAGCGUCACCUCGAAGCUGAACCGCUCCUCCAUCCGCCACGCCGCCCAGCUGUUCAACGAACAGCAGGCUAAAGGCAUCACCGAACCGGACAAGGAGAGGGAACCUCUGUUGGUCAAGACGGUGGAGGAGGACGGUGUCGCGUACAAUGUCGUCGUUGGGCAGUCCACCUUACCACAGACAGUGUUCAACUCCGUCAAUGUCCUCAUCGGCGUCGGCUUGCUCAGUCUGCCCUUGGCGAUUCACUACUCCGGCUGGGUUGUGGGCAUGCUCUUCUAUCUCUUUGCCGUCAUUUCCACCCAGUAUACCGCCAAGUUGCUCGCCAAAUGUCUCGACGUCGACAGCUCGCUCAUAACUUUUGCGGACCUCGCGUACGUGUCUUUCGGGCAGGGGGCACGCGUCGUGGUCAGCAUACUGUUCACACUGGAGCUACUCGGUGCGAAUGUCGCCUUGAUCGUGCUCUUCGCAGAUAGUUUGGACGACCUCAUUCCCGGUCUGGGUGUCGUUGCCUGGAAGAUCAUCGCCGCUUUCAUACUCGUGCCGCUUGCCUUCCUCCCGCUUCGUCUGCUGAGCUUUACCUCCGUCCUCGGCAUUCUCUCAUGCUUUGGCAUAGUGAUAUGCGUCUUUAUCGACGGCCUUAUCAAACCGCAACAGCCAGGAUCUCUCCGGCAACCGGCAACACAGUAUCUUUUCCCCAUCAAUUGGACUACCAUCCCUCUUUCCCUCGGCCUACUCAUGUCUCCCUGGGGUGGUCACUCCGUUUUUCCGAACAUCUAUCGCGACAUGCGACACCCCUACAAGUACCGCCGCGGCGUUGAUAUCACGUACGCAUUCACCUUCCUCCUCGAUCUCGGCAUGGCCGUAAUUGGCAUUUUAAUGUUCGGCGACGCCGUGCGUGAUGAGAUCACGAGCAAUAUUCUGACCACGGCGGGCUACCCGAAAGCAAUCAGCUUCAUCAUUGUGAUAUGUAUCGCGAUCAUCCCUCUCACAAAAGUCCCGCUUAACGCUCGUCCAAUUGUGUCCACAAUUGAGAUCUUGGCCGGACUUGACGCCCGCGCUCUUGCGCAGUCAAACUCUCUGGUUGGCAUGUCGGGCUUCAACCGAGGUCUCCUCAAGGCGACUAUCCGCAUCCUAACCGUACUUAUUUUCGUCGGCAUCGCAAUUGUGUUCCCCAGUUUUGACCGCAUCAUGACGCUGUUAGGCAGCGUGUGCUGCUUUACCAUCUGCAUCAUCCUGCCGUUGGCAUUUCACCUUAAGCUGUUUAGCAGCGAGAUUGGUCGGGCUGAGAAAGCGCUCAACUGGGUGUUAAUAGUGAUCAGUUCUAUAAUGGCGAUUGUAAGUACGGUGUUUGCGUGCUUGCCGAAGGACCUGAUUGGCGCAUGAUGUCGCUUAAGAACGUCAAUUGCACAUAAUUUGGCGAAUUGCAUUGGGACUUGCAUGGCGCUCCUACAUUGUUUUGUUGCAAACAAUCAUAGCCCUAUUGCCAUGGUUGUAAUCAUAGAUAAUAAAUCAAAUUAGCCGAAACUUCUCGACCGUUCACGUUGGCUCAAUGUAAUCCAGCG